AUGCAGAUUAAAGGGAAUUGGAGUUUCAUACGUUUACCAAAUACUAACGUCCCAGAAAACUGCAUUAUAUGUGACUUCCAGAUUUGCGAAAAAAAUACAACACCUUUAAGCAAGCAGUAUAUAGAUAUUUUAAGCGGUAAAAUUUACUGUUGCAAACUGCAGAAAGAAUUUUAUUAUCGCAAGAAGCAAACUUUCCAUCUGCCAUUUUCUCCACUUGCAAGCAAUGACGUCUCUGCUGAAGUGCAUGGCCAAGGACUGGGCCACGGUGGAGACGAAAACCGGACGAGAAACAAUGAUGAACAUCGCGAGGAUCAGUAG